AAUGUCAAUAUAGGUUUCUAAAUAGGUUUGUUUGCCGACUGUUGUUUCGACUUUCGAUAUAUUUAAUUGAAAUAAUUCAUAAUUAUACUAGAAUACGUAAAGUAAUCAAUAAAGUCAUUACAAUGAGCCGGAAGGAAGCUCUAUCAUCAUUUAUACAGCAAAUUCAUGGCCGUCCGGUCGUAGUAAAAUUAAACAGCGGCGUCGAUUAUCGAGGUGUCCUGGCAUGCCUAGAUGGCUACAUGAAUAUUGCAUUAGAACAAACUGAAGAAUAUGUAAAUGGACAGUUAAAAAACAAAUAUGGUGAUGCAUUUAUUAGAGGCAACAAUGUUUUAUAUAUCAGCACAUCAAAACGGAGAAUAUGAUAAAUUGUAAUACUUUUUCUUAAAUAAAUAUGUAUCAAGACAAAA